UCGCUGGCGCGUGCUUGGUCAAACGAGUGGGAGGCAGACGUGAGGACUCCCUGAAGUAUAUAGGCAUGGACCAACAGAGGGGCCCGCGACCGGCAGGGCAGCCAGGGCAACGCGGGAGACCUGCAGGCCUUCCAGCCAGGCGACCACUGCCUCUGCUCACGCACCCCGACUUCACCACCAGCCCCGGGCUCCGGCCUGGACACCUCCCUGAGCCCCAUGGCGCCCUGCCCAGUCCUGCAGCGGGAGAGCCUGUUCCAGUCAGGAGCCCAUGCCUACAGAAUCCCCGCCCUGCUCUACCUGGCCCGCCAGAAGACCCUGCUGGCCUUCGCGGAGAAGCGAACCAGCAAGAAGGACGAGCACGCGGAGCUGAUCGUUCUGCGCAGAGGAGACUAUGACGCGGCUGCCCACCGGGUCCAGUGGCAAGCUCAGGAGCUGGUGACCCAAGCCCAGCUGGAGGGCCACCGGUCCAUGAACCCCAGCCCCCUGUACGACGAGCAGACCGGGACCCUCUUCCUCUUCUUCAUUGCCGUCCCUGGGCAGGUCUCUGAGCAUCACCAGCUGCAGACUGGGGUCAACAUGGUGCGGCUGUGCCACGUCACCAGCACUGACCACGGCAAGACCUGGAGCCCGGCCAGCGACAUCACCAGCUCGGCCAUUGGCCCAGCCCACAAGGAGUGGGCCACGUUUGCGGUGGGCCCUGGGCACUGUCUGCAGCUGCACAACCAGACACGGAGCCUCGUGGUGCCCGCCUACGCCUACCGGAACCUUCCCCACCUCCACACGCCCUCCCCAGCCGCCUUCUGCUUCCUCAGCCAUGACCACGGCUGCACAUGGCAGAGGGGGAACUUCGUGGGCCAAGACUCUCUGGAGUGCCAAGUGGCAGAGGUGGGGCCCAGGGGUCACAGGGUGGUGUACCUCAAUGCCAGGAGCUCCCACGGGGCCCGGGUGCAGGCCCAGAGUGCCAAUUCGGGGCUGGACUUCUGGGGGGCCCAGGAGGCCAGAAAGCUGCCCGAGCCGCCCCACGGCUGUCAUGGGAGUGUGGUGGCCUUCCCCAGCCCCAGCUGCCCAGCCCAGUGGUUGCUCUACACUCACCCCACUGACCCCCGGCGGAGGCGCAACCUGGGCGUGUACCUCAACACCAGGCCCCCCGAGCCUGCUGCCUGGUCGCAGCCUGUCCUGCUGGCCACUGGCAGCUGCGCCUACUCAGACCUACAGAGCAUGGGGCGCGGCCCCGACGGCUCGGCCCAGUUCGGGUGUCUCUACGAGGCAGAAGACUACGCAGAGAUUGUUUUCCUCCUGUUCACCCUGAAACAGGCCUUCCCGGCCCAAGUCCCAGCUCCGGGAGCCAGCCACCUGCUGGCCACACUGCCCGGCCCAGGUCUAGGUGCCCAUGGCGGGGCUGAGGAUUUCUCAGUGUCCCCGGAGGUCAGCUCUGGGUCCCUCCAUUAAGUGUGCAGAGAAGUCUGCUUCUUGGCUCUUUGCCUCCUUCCUUGUUCCAGUCUUCCCAGAAGGUUCUAUUUACAUCCCAGAAAUCAAAGAAGUCUGGCUUUCCUAGCCCCUUGGCAGCAAGGCAAGACAGCCUGCCCAGUGGCUGUCACUCUGCACGGUGACUGUCGCUCUGCACGGUGACUGCCAGGCUGCACAGCUCAGCCUGCCUAGUCGGUCUCCCCCGCCACACACACACACAGACACACACACACACACACACACACACACAUUAAUUAUUUUGUGUUCUUGAUAAAUGACCUAGUCCAAUCCAUUUCUUCCCGGCAGAUACUCCUGAUAUGCCUGAGGAAAGGCUAAGCUGAGGAUGUGGAUUUGCAGAGUGGUGUGUGUGUGUGUCUGUGUGCGUGUUCUUGUUGAUACUUCAGAGCAGACAGCCUGGGAAACAGCUUUGCUGAAAGGUUAGGCAGGGUCGAGAAUAAUCAAGCUCACUUAAGUCACUGUGUUCCUUCCUUGGGGCAGCCACAACAAAUUAUCUCAAACUUGGUGGCAUAAAACAACAGCAACGUGUCCUCGCCACUCCACAGGCGAGAAGCCUGAAAUCAGGCUGUUUGCAGGGCCACACUCCCUCCAGCUGCCCCUUCCAGCUUCAGGUGGAUCCCGGCAAUUCUUGGGGCCACCUGGCGCCCGUCUUGGCCUCAGUCUUCACAUGAGCUUCUCCUGCGUGUUCUCCCCAGUCACUCGCAAGGAAGCUUGUCACUGGACAAACCAGGAUGAGCUCACCUCCAAGAUGCUCAACUACAUCUGUAGAGACACUUUUUCCCAGUCAGCUCAUGUUGGCAGAUGCUGGGGGUUAGGAUGCGGGUGUAAAUUUGGGGGCCACCACUACAGUCAUAAGCAUUUUGCUUUUGCACAGGUGGUGUAGCUGGAGGCAAGAAUGAGGUUCAGAUGGAUCAGAUAGUUUGGAAGAAUUGGGUGGGGUGGGGGCAGUUAGCUGUGAUUCCUGGUACAGGGCUGCUUUAGGACACUUGCUUUUCACGGUGACAGGGAGAGCCUGUGACACUGAAGAGACGGCUAGGGUGCUGGGCUUGUGGUUCUUGCCUUGAAACAGAUGUAGAGAGAAGGCUGCCCCCGCCCAGCCUGGGCGGAGGAGGCUGACACCUCUCUGAUCCCUGGGAAUUUUUACGGCCUUUGUCCUGUGUCUUGUGGAAAAUUUGUCCCUUGCUCCUGCCAGAGCCCUUCUAAUUGGCACAGUGACAACAGUCAAAGGUUCUUACAACUGAGUGACAUCUUUGUCUGGGCAAGUGGGGGGGGGUGGUGUCAAGGCAUGGUUUUGGUCCCCUUGGUGGUCCUAGGCACUGGCCUCAUGUCAGGAUGCUGCUUCUCCUUGUGGGGUUUGUAAGAAAGCCAGCUGAGGAGAGGAUGUGGGGAAAAAGGUACACUCGUACAUUGCUGGUGGGGCUGCAAAUUAGAGCAGCCACUCUGGAAAGCAGUAUGGAGAUUCCUUAGAAAACUUGGAAUGGACCCACCAUUUGACC